AUGGAUGCCCGACGACAAGAUCAAAGAAUUGAAUCGAGAGAUGGCAGCAAGAGGCUGGAGCGAGUAGAUGCCGGACGACAAGAUCAAAGUAUUGAAUCCAGAGAUGACAGCAGGAAACUGGAAAGGGUGGAUGCCCGACGACAAAAUCAAAGAAUUGAAACGAGAUAUGGCAGCAAGAGGCUGGAGCGAGUAGAUGCCGGACGACAAGAUCAAAGUAUUGAAUCCAGAGAUGACAGCAGGAAACUGGAAAGGGUGGAUGCCACACGACAAGAUCAAAGAGUUGAAUCUAGAGAUGGUAGCAAAAGGCUGGAGCGAGUGGAUGCUCGACGACAAGAUCAAAGAAUUGAAUCCAGAGAUGACAGCAGGAAACUUGAAAGGGUGGAUGCCAGACGACAGAGUGAAAGAGUUGAAUCGAGAGAUGAGAGCAGGAGGCUGGAGCAAGUAGAUGUAAGGAGACAAGAUCAUAGAGUUGAAUCUAGAGAUGGUAGCAAAAGGCUGGACCGAAUGGAAGUUCGACGACAAGAUCAAAUAAUUGAAUCCAGAGAUAACAGAAGUAGGCUGGAGCGAGUGGAUGCCGGACGACAAGAUCGAAUAAUUGAAUCUAGAGAUGAUAGCAAGAGGCUGGAGCGAAUGGAUGCCCGACGACAAGAUCAAAGAAUCGAAUCGAGAGAUGGUAGCAGUAGGCUGGAGCGAGUGGAUGCCCGACGACAAGAUCAAAGAAUUGAAUCGAGAGAUGGUAGCAGUAGGCUGGAGCGAAUGGAUGCUCGACGACAAGAUCAAAGAAUUGAAUCCAGAGAUGACAGCAGGAAACUGGAACGGGUGGAUGCCCGACGACAGGAUGAAAGAAUUAAUUCCAGAGAUGCCAGCAGGAGACUAGAACGAGUAGAUGUCUGGCGACUAGAUCAUAGAGUUGAGUCCAGAGAUGACAGCAGGAGGCUGGAUCGAGUGAAUGCCCGACGACGAGACCAAAGAGUCGAAUCUAGAGGUGAUAGCAAGAGGCUGGAGCGAGUGGAUGCCCGACGACAAGGUGAAAGUAUUGAAUCCAGAGAUGGCAGCAGGAAACUGGAAAGGGUGUAUGCCACACGACAAGAUCAAAGAGUUGAGUCGGGAGAUGACAUGAGGAGGCUGGAGAGAGUGAAUGCAAGACGACAUGAUCUAAGAGUUGAAGCUAAAUCUGACAGCAGGAGGUUGGAGCGUGUGGAUGCAAGACGUCAAGGUGCAAGAGUUGAUUCUAAAAUUGACAGGAGGGUAGAACGAGUAGAUACAAGGAGAGAAGAUGGAAGAGUUGAAUCUCGUGAUGAUAGCAGGAAACUGGAAAGAGUUGAUGUUUUGAAAGGCUUUAAAUCUGAAGAUAAGAAUGACUUGUCUGAGAAGAUUAGAACUGAAAACUUUCUGAAUCGAGAUUUCAUGACGGUGGAAGCGGAGCAGAUAUUUUAUGUUGACGGAAAGGAUGUAUAUCUGCCCGAGGAGAGUUUUGAAGGCGAAAAGUAUAGACGGAUGAUCACAUCUCUCAUCAGAGACAAGGGCAAGGUGGGAGUGAAGGACCUGUUUGCAGGUGCCUUACUCCCGAGGGCAGUCGACUCUUUCAACCCUCUCCCUCACGGAUCGACUGUUACCAAGGAGCCAGAACGAGAUCUGGGAUCGCUUGUGAUCACUGGGGCCUUGGGUCUCCUCCUCCUUUGGAUAAAGCCCGUCAAAGCCUAAUACUCUCUACAUCGACGUCUCAAACAUUUCUUCCAUUUCUCCUUUGUCGUGUUUCACGUUCAUUGUGAAGAAUACGUCUACAGCAGCA